UGUCAAAAUAUUGUUAGGAAAGAAAGUUUUACUACAAAUAUGGAUGUUAAUGCUCACCGUACUGGCCCAAUCCGUAAAAAGGAUGUUGUUGGGGAUCGUAUUCAAAAACUGUUCCAAGACUUUCUUUCUGAAUUUAAUGAUAGUGAAGGGAAACCAAAGUAUUUGCAAUACGUCAAAGAUCUUUCCCGUCCUGAAAGAAAUACCUUACACGUAAGCUUUGAGGAUGUGGGAAAAUAUAAUCAGAAACUUGCUGCCACAAUACAGGAAGAGUAUUAUCGGGUUUAUCCAUAUUUAUGCAGAGCUGUUGCUAACUUCAUGGCAGAUAAAACUGUCUAUGUUCCUGAAAAAGAAUUGUAUGUUGGUUUUUGUGAUAUACCUACCAGACAUAAAGUUCGUGAGCUGACUGCCAAUAAAAUUGGCACAUUGCUACGAAUAAGUGGACAAGUUGUAAGAACUCAUCCUGUUCAUCCUGAGCUUGUUAUUGCCACCUUCACUUGUCUAGACUGCCAGACUGUCAUUAAAGAUGUUGAGCAACAGUUUAAAUACACUCUGCCAACCAUAUGCCGUAAUGAAGUUUGUAAUAAUAGAACUCGAUUUCAACUUGAUGUUAAUAAAUCCCGUUUUGUAGACUUUCAACGAGUCAGAAUUCAAGAAACUCAAGCAGAAUUGCCAAGAGGUAGCAUUCCAAGAAGUGUGGAAGUAAUUUUAAGAGCUGAAGCUGUAGAAAUGGCUCAACCAGGUGACAGAAUUGAUUUUAUUGGAAGUUUAAUUGUAGUUCCUGAUGUCAGUCAACUUGCAAUACCCGGAGUACGUGCUGAAUCCAGUGCACGUCACAAAGGAAUGGAAGGCUUUGAAACUGAAGGUGUCCGUGGCUUAAAGUCUUUGGGUGUUCGGGAAUUAUCCUAUAAAACUGCCUUUUUGGCAACAACUGUUAUUCCUACAGAAAUUCGUACUAGUGCUGUUGAGAUGUUAUCCACCGAAGCUUUGCGGAAUGGGGAUUUUUCGCAAAGAGAAACAACAGCACAGGAGUGGCAAAACAUUUAUAACAUGAGUUGUGACAAUAAUCUUUAUCAGAAUUUAAUAAAAAGUCUCUUCCCAACAGUACAUGGAAAUGAUGAAGUCAAAAGUGGAAUUUUGUUGAUGCUCUUCGGUGGUGUCCCGAAAGUAACUGAGGAGGGAACUUCAUUAAGAGGUGAUAUAAAUGUGUGCAUUGUAGGAGAUCCCAGUACAGCUAAAAGUCAGUUUUUGAAGCAAGUUUCUGAAUUCUCUCCCAGAGCUGUGUAUACUAGUGGAAAAGCUUCUAGUGCUGCUGGUUUAACAGCUGCAGUUGCGAAGGAUGAAGAGUCUGGAGAAUUUGUCAUUGAAGCUGGAGCUUUGAUGUUAGCAGACAAUGGUGUCUGUUGUAUUGAUGAGUUUGACAAAAUGGAACUAAAAGAUCAAGUGGCUAUCCAUGAAGCUAUGGAACAACAAACUAUUUCUAUAACUAAAGCAGGUGUAAAAGCCACUUUGAAUGCUCGAACCUCCAUCCUGGCUGCCGCUAAUCCUAUUGGUGGAAGAUAUGAUCGAACUAAAUCCCUUAAACAGAACAUUGCCUUGACAGCGCCUAUUAUGUCCAGAUUCGAUCUGUUUUUCAUUUUAGUAGAUGAAUGUAGUGAGGUAACUGACUAUGCAAUUGCAAGAAGAAUUGUUGAUCUGCAUCAGAAGUCGGAAGAAUCCAUUGAACGUGUUUACACACUUGAUAUGAUAUUAAAAUACAUAUCAUUUGCACGGCAAUUCAAGCCAAAGAUUUCUGAAGAGGCUCAGAAAUGCUUAGUUGAGCAUUAUCAAAAUUUGCGUUUGCGUGAUGCUGCUGGAGUUACGAAGUCUUCAUGGCGAAUCACUGUUCGUCAGUUGGAGAGUCUUGUUCGUUUGUCAGAAGCUAUGGCUAAAAUGUACUGCAAAGAAGAGGUACUGGCCAGGCAUGUUAAAGAAGCAUUUCGAUUGCUGAACAAGUCCAUCAUUAGAGUUGAGCAGCCUGAUAUUAACUUGCAAGAGGAUGAUGAAGAUGACGCAGCAAUGGAAGUAGAUGAAAAUACUGAAAAUGUCGCACAAAAUAACAUUCCAAAUGGAAUUAUCCCACCAUCUGAAUCAGAUAAGCCUCAGAAACUUGUACUUAGCUAUGAAGAAUACAAAUCAUUGUCAAAUGUUCUUAUUUCACGUUUACAGAGAGAGGAAGAAGCAGAAGGAGGCAUGAAGAAAGUUGAAUUGGUGAAUUGGUAUUUGAAAGAAAUUGAAAGUGAAAUUGAAUCUGAAGCAGAAUUAAUCAAGAGGAGAUUUCUAGUGGAAAAAGUGAUUGAUCGCUUGAUUGACCACGACCAUGUUAUAAUUCCUCUUAAAGAAGGUGAACAAGACGAAGAAGAUCUAAUAUUGGUUGUCCAUCCCAACUAUGGAAAUCUAGAAGUUUAGUCUUUUUAUGCUGUAUGUUUUUUUCAAUAAGCAUUUGUAAGAAUAAGUGUUGAACUCUAGUUGAAUAUUUUCUUCUAUGGAAAAAAUUUUAUAUGCUGUUUUUAUUGUAAAAAUGCCAAAUAUUUUAUGCUGAUAUAUUGAGUCUUUGAAAUAUAAAUACUCAGUUUUAUACAACUAAAUUUUAUCCAAUCAGGUUGUAGGGAGGAGGGGGGGGGGGACCUAAUGCAUGUGUUGGAAUUUUUCUUACUAGGUUUGAAUUAAUUUAUGCAUCUUGAGUUUUCUAUUCCACAGAAUACUAUUAUAUGUUGCAAUUGUAAAUAGCAUACUAUAUUUUUCUCCUGAUUGCUUGCAUGUUUUCCACAUUGUCGUAAAUAUUCUAAAAGUAUUCAUCUUUUCAUCCUACCUGUGUCUCAUUUAAUGAGCUUCAUCAUGUUUUGUAAAAAGUAUAAUAAAUUAUUGAACAAUAAUGGAUAAAAAAAGUGUUUGUUUUCAAUGAAUACAGAUAAAAGCAGUAUAAAGGUUAAAUUAUAAACAAUUAUUUGGCUUUCAAAAUCAAGAGAUUUAAUAAAGAAAUAUUGAACAUUUUUAUUCAAACAAAUGAUAUUUAGCUAUGAUUUUUCAAGCUAGUAUUCUAUUUGUAUUUAAAAAAUAAAUAAAAUAAACUAUUGGAUCAAAAAAAAAAAAUCAAUGAAAAAAUUGUAUUUUAUUGUAAAAGUGCCAUAAUUUAAAUACCUUGAUUCUUUAGAACUCAAAUAUGUCACCUUAUAUGAUCUGAUUUUAUCUAAUCAGGCAGAGAAAAAUUCAACAUGAAAAUACUUAAUGCAUGUUGGAAUUUUUCUCACUGCCUUCAAUUCAUUUAUACAUCUUGAGUUUUAAAUUUUAUGGAAUACAUUUCAGAAUACUACUAUAUGUUGCAGUCAUAAAUAGCAGUAUCUAGUUUUCUCUGAAUUACUAGCAUGUCUUAACACAUUAUCAUAAGUUCUAUUAAAUAUGUUCAUAUAAAAUAUGUUUCAUUCAGCCUUCUUUCAUUUAAUGAGCCACAAAACUGAAAUAGC